CUUUGACGACGUCGUUUUCACUAUCCAUUGCCGUCUCCAAAUCAGCUUCCAUUUUCUCUAUCCCCCAACCCACUGAUUCAGACAGAUAGAUAUUAAUCCGUCGCCGACCAGGAAAAUAUAUUUUUGUGUCUCUAGAAAUGCUUUAUAGAGACAGAAACUGGAAGUAGAAAAGCAACCGAUUUUUGAAUGCUUCACUGUUUACUUACAACGAAAGCAACGGCGAGUCAUCUGAGGUCAAAACCGACUUAUUGCGAACCGAUCUCUCCGAUCGGAUCACCGGAAACUUCACGGCCUCGGAUGUUCCGGUUCAGUCACGAUCAUCGAUAACACGUUGCCGUUUUUUCAGCUGUGUACUUUGAUUCGGAUCUUUUAUAGGUCGAGUUAGGAGCAUUGGAAAAUGGAGCGGGCGACAAUAACAGGGGGUUCGGGUUUGGACAUGCCGAUUACGCAUGACAGUGACCGUUACGACUUCGUUCGAGAUAUCGGUUCGGGCAAUUUCGGCCUUGCCAGGCUUCUGAGAGAUAAGCAUACCAAAGAGCUCGUUGCAGUAAAGUACAUCGAGAGAGGCGAGAAGAUAGAUGAAAAUGUUCGAAGGGAAAUUAUUAAUCACAGGUCUCUAAGACACCCGAACAUAGUUAGGUUCAAAGAGGUCAUUCUGACACCCACUCAUCUGGCUAUUGUGAUGGAAUAUGCAUCUGGAGGAGAGCUUUUUGAGCGAAUCUGCAAUGCAGGGCGAUUCAAAGAGGAUGAGGCUCGCUUCUUUUUUCAGCAACUUAUAUCUGGAGUCAGCUAUUGUCAUGCAAUGCAAGUGUGUCAUCGGGACUUGAAACUUGAGAAUACAUUGUUAGAUGGAAGUCCUGCUCCUCGUUUGAAGAUAUGUGAUUUUGGGUACUCCAAGUCUUCUGUGCUGCAUUCACAACCAAAAUCAACUGUGGGAACUCCAGCAUACAUUGCUCCAGAAGUGUUACUUAGGCAAGAAUAUGAUGGCAAGAUUGCAGAUGUGUGGUCAUGUGGAGUGACAUUAUAUGUCAUGCUGGUUGGCGCCUAUCCUUUUGAGGACCCUGAUGAACCAAAGGACUUCCGGAAGACCAUACAUAGAAUUCUGAAUGUUCAAUAUGCCAUUCCAGAACAGAUUCAAAUAUCUCUGGAAUGUCGCCACCUGAUCUCGAGAAUCUUUGUUCAAGACCCUGCAAUGAGGAUUACAAUUCCUAAGAUCAGGAACCACCAGUGGUUUUUAAAGAAUCUUCCUGCCGAUCUCAUGGAUGGGGAGUCUAUUAGUAGACAGUUUGAAGAGCCUGAUCAGCCCAUGCAGAGCGAUGAUACGAUAAUGCAGAUAAUGUCUGAGGCUACAAUACCACCAGUUGGCCUGUAUAACCUGGAAAUGGAUGAUGACAUGGAAGACUUUGACUCUGAUCCUGACCUUGAUAUUGACAGCAGCGGAGAAGUCAUAUAUGCGAUCUGAUUGCAGUUUGUGUCUGGGGUUGAAAACAUCCAUUCUUGCAGUAAGUUGAGAAUUCUGGGCUUAUGGCUACUUGAGGAUUUAGAGAAGCAUGCUACCAAGGAUUUGGGCCAUGAGUAAUAUCAAUCAUUUGUUGGUUUAUAUGUCCCACAUAGUAUGCAUCUUUCGAAGGCUUCUGUAGGGAAGAGGUUUGAGUUUAGUACAUUGUCGGAGGAGGUUAAGUUGAGGGGAGUGGAUAGUUUUUACUGUUUGUUGAAAUUCUGAUAGGUCAGACGAUGAUAUAUUGUAUGGAUCAUGUGUUUUUGUUGUUUGUAUCGUCCCUAAAUACAAGUUUUGAAUAUGAAACUCUACUCUAUUGACAGGUGUGUCACAUUCUUAUACAAGUUUCUG